GUGAGAGAAAGAGACUUUCUAGGGUUUUCAGAAUCUUUGAUCUUUAAAGUGGGGGGAAAUCCGACCCUGAUAGCUCGAAUUCGUUUUUGAGAUCCGCAGAAUUAGUGUUUCGUCGUUUAUGUAAUUGACGAGUCUGUGUAUCGAAGGUUUCAUUUGAUCUUGUGCUGCUUCGCUGCUUCGAGUAAGUAUCUUUGGUGUUGGUUUGAAGUUUAAUGGUUCAGUUGAUGAACUCGGAUACUCUCCGAUCGGAAUCCGAGAUUCCUUGUCGGAAUAAAUUGCCGGUGAAGUUGGAAAUCGAAGACAGCUUGGAUGAAGAACACGGACCUCUCCACAAGCAAUCCAAGCUCUCCCCUAUUCAUCAGCAGCAGUGGAACUCUGGAAGAGGGGCGUUUGCUGCGUUUCCGAUUCCGCCUUCACAGUACAAUCCUCUUGAUGAGCCAAGCCCGUUGGGUCUGAGAUUGAGGAAGAGCCCCUCGCUUUUGGAUUUAAUUCAAAUAAGGCUCUCUCAAGGUAACACUGCAUCAUCUGUAACCCAUGGAAAUCUUGAAGUAGGGAAAAAAGACAGUAAAGGUGCUGGUGUUCCGGGAAAUACUGACAAGCUGAAGGCUUCCAAUUUUCCUGCUUCGCUUCUAAGAAUUGGAACUUGGGAGUGUGUUUCAAGAUAUGAAGGUGAUCUAGUUGCAAAGUGUUACUUUGCGAAGCAUAAGCUAGUCUGGGAGGUUCUUCAAGGUGGCCUCAAGAGUAAGAUAGAAAUUCAAUGGUCUGAUAUUAUGGCUAUCAAAGCUAACUGCCCAGAUAACGGACCUGGGACAUUGGAUAUAGUGCUGGCCAGACAGCCUCUUUUCUUCAAGGAGACCAAUCCACAGCCUAGGAAGCACACCCUAUGGCAGGCAACUUCCGAUUUUACUGGUGGACAGGCAAGCAUGCAUAGACGACAUUUUGUUCAGUGCCCACAAGGAUUAUUGAGCAAGCAUUUUGAAAAGCUUAUCCAAUGUGAUCCUCGUCUGAACUUGCUGAGUCAACAGCCAGAAAUAUCAUUAGAUUCUCCAGUGUUUGAAACCAGAGGUUCUGUUUUCGAGGACCCAGAUGAAUCCAAAUGCCAAGGAUUUGAUCCAUUGAAUAGUGAAUAUGUUGGCCCCUUCCCUGGGUUCCAGGAUCAACCAUCGCCAUCUGCUAGCCAAUCAUCUACGUCAAAAAGUGAACUUCUGGAUCCUGUCGGUAGAGUGCCAGCACCAGAUCAUGUGUCUCUUGAAACUCCUUCGCCUAGCUCAGUAAUGGAUAACAGGGCUAUUGAAGAAACUGGAAGCAGUGAAGCUGAGGAAUCGAAAGUCCUUAACCAGUGGGACCAGUUGAAAGUACCUGGACUCCGUGCUUCCAUGUCUAUGAGUGAUCUUGUGAGCCACAUUGGACAUUGUUUAUCAGAACAGAUGAACUCUGGUAAUCAUUUUUUCUCUGGUGAAGGAUUACAGGGCAAGGACAUGCUGGAGGAGAUUGCCCAGUACUUGCUCAGCGACUCUCAACAUACAUCAGCCUCUGACGAGAAGUCCCUCAUGUCAAGAGUCAAUUCACUUUGUUGUCUGCUACAGAAGGAUCCUGCUACAGUUCAAAACUUGCAGCUUAACAGCGAAAGCGGCCCUGAUGUAACCAAUGAGGACAAAGAUUGUUUCUCGAGCUCCAUCCGUGACUCAAAGCUUGAGAUUAAGGCCAUGGCUGAUCUUCCAGUGGUUGAAGGGGAAUCUCAUGAUGUGUCUGGCUAUAAACAAACAAUGUCGAGGAUAGACUCAGUUGGGGAUUUGCUGCUUAAUCUCCCGCGCAUUGCAUCUCUGCCUCACUUCUUGUUCAACAUCUUGGAAGAUGGUGAGAAUCAAGGUUGAGAGUACCCCGCAAACCUCCUCCCUUCCCCACAAAAAAAAUUUCCAGACCUGUACAAAAUGUAAUCAAAGAUGUGUUUUUUUCUGGCUUUGUUGAUGAAGCGUGUUCAGGUCCAUAAAAGUUUUGGGAUUCGGAGAUUUAUUUUGAUGAUGGAUCCUUUCCUGGUAAGUCCCAUAUAAGUGACUGGGCGGGCUUUAGGUUCUGUAGUUCAAUGCUAGCCGGAUAUGCUACAUUUCCUUGUACAAUAAACUAGUAUUCUCUUUG